AUGGUCAAGCGAGUGCCUGCUACCAGUGCUGAAUUCCUGCAAGCUUCAUCUGCUGCAUCAACCACUACAUUGCCUUUAGUGACACCAACAGGCCAGGUGCCUCCCCUGGUUAAUGGACCGGCCAGUGUCUCAGCUGUCUGGUCAUACUUUGAGAAGGACCAGUCAGGCAACUCAAUCUGCAAGUUUUGCGAGCGGGUGAUUAAGGGCCACCACUCAUCUAAUCUGCUCUCGCACUUGCGUACGGCUGGUCGGACGGAUCCCACCCACCAACAAGCAAAUAAUAUAUGCGAGGAGCACCGGGAGACCAAACGUCACAUUAAGCGCCAGAAGAUGGGGUUGCAGGCCGUAGCAGCUGGCCACACGGGUGCUGAGUUCGUUGCGGCGGCCAUGUAUCCGCCACACCUGUCUUCUCAAUCCGUAGCCGCUGCCAUGGCCUCAGCUGGCGGAUCCCCGG